AUGGUGAUUUUGCAGGAGCUUUUCUCCACGUUGCUGCAAGCGUCAGAAAAAUCCUGGCAGGGUCAGCUGAAUGAAGACAAACUGAAGUGCAAACUAAGGGCGCUUGAGAACCAGCUGCAGGCCUGCACCCAGAAUUACACAAAGGAGUGUGUGAAGAAGAUCUUGAUAGAGAUGGAAGACCAGAAGCAGACCUACGAGCAGAAAGCUAAGGAGGCUCUUCAGAAGAUGCUGGAGGACAAACUCCAAGCAGAGCAGGAGCUGCAAAACUCUCAGAGAAAGCUGGCAGUGACAAGGCAGGACCUUGCAUUGUGGAAAGAGCACCACACCAGGCUCACAGCCCAACUGACCGACACGAGCACAGCGCACACCGAGCUCGAGAACAGCUUCCACCUUUUGCAGAGUGAACUCAGCGCCCUGCGGGAGGACAACCGCCUGCAGGCCCGGCACAUCAGCACCAUCCGAGAUCAAUUGCAAAAGGAACAAAGCCAGAGGGUAGCACUGGAGGCGACAAUCGGCCAUUUACAAAGCCUGAUACAGAGCCAGGCGGAGCAGCAGAGGCUCCAGGAGGCCCCGGUGCAAAGGAAAGACCAGGUUUUCACCACGCAGACCCCACCUCUCACUCCCACCAAGGAAAAACAAAACAUUCUGUUAGAGCAUCCUGAGGAGGAGGGAGAAGAAAGCCUGGAGGAUGAGGUGCAGGAAAGGACAUCCCAGCUUGCAGCAAAGGAAAACAAGUGCCGGGCCUGCCUGGCUGGGCUGCGCCAGUGCCGGGACCAGCUCAACCACUUCCAGAGCCAGCAGGCAAAGAGACUGCGCAGUCACUGGGUCCCUGUCCUGCUGGCAGUGACAGCAGUGGCCAUUGCCACCUUCCUCACAAGCUACAGACCAUGA